AUGUUACCAUUCAUCACCCAAACACCUGCAGGACAGAAACUCUUGGAAUUAAGGAGGAAAGACAAUGGGGCACAGCUCACUCCUGAAGAGCUGAUUCAAAUCAUCAAACAGCCAUCAGGCUGCCACUGCGUACAACGGUAUAUGACCCACCAUUGCAGUAAUGCCACAGAGAGGCCAAUCUUCCUGCUCUUUCUGGUGAUCAUAGCCGACCUCGAGACUGAGUUUAAACUCCUCGAGUGCUCAGCAUCCACCCAAAGCUUCUCCAGUGAAGCUCUAGACACCUGCAAGAACUUCGCGCUGACGGGAGCUAGCGUCCCAUUGCCCUCAAUUACCGCCACUAACGGGCCUCUCCGGCAAACAGUAGCCAGCAAAGUAGAGAACAUUUGUGCAGAGCAGAGUAGGAAAGUAGCUAGUGCAUCCACUAGACCCAGACAUGCCAGUCCCUGA